CGCCAUCGCCGCGGCGCCCCCGCCUCCCCGCCAGCCCAGCCGGCGGCCCUGCCCCGCCGCCCGGCAUGAACAUCAUGGAUUUCAACGUGAAGAAGCUGGCGGCCGACGCGGGCACCUUCCUCAGCCGGGCCGUGCAGUUCACAGAAGAAAAGCUUGGCCAAGCAGAGAAGACAGAAUUGGAUGCUCACUUGGAAAACCUCCUUAGCAAAGCCGAAUGUACUAAAAUAUGGACAGAAAAAAUAAUGAAGCAGACUGAAGUGCUAUUGCAGCCAAAUCCAAAUGCCAGGAUAGAAGAAUUUGUUUAUGAGAAACUGGAUAGAAAAGCACCAAGUCGUAUAAACAACCCAGAACUUUUGGGACAAUAUAUGAUUGAUGCAGGGACUGAGUUUGGCCCAGGGACAGCUUAUGGCAAUGCCCUUAUUAAGUGUGGAGAGACACAGAAGCGAAUUGGAACAGCUGACAGAGAAUUGAUUCAGACAUCGGCUUUAAAUUUCCUCACUCCUUUAAGAAACUUUAUAGAAGGGGAUUACAAAACCAUCGCAAAAGAAAGAAAACUAUUACAGAAUAAGAGACUGGAUUUGGAUGCUGCAAAAACGAGACUUAAAAAGGCAAAAGCUGCAGAAACUAAAAGUUCACAACUAAACUCCACCCGGCUUGAAGGAGAUAACAUUAUGGUAAAUUUCUCUUACAUGCUCAACUUCCUGCAUGUAAAAUGGCUGAAGAUUUGGGCAGAGGAAGUGACGAAAUCUGAACAGGAACUACGAAUAACUCAAAGUGAAUUUGAUCGUCAGGCAGAGAUUACCCGACUUCUGCUAGAGGGAAUCAGCAGUACCCACGCCCAUCAUCUCCGCUGUCUGAAUGACUUUGUAGAGGCUCAGAUGACUUACUAUGCACAGUGUUACCAGUACAUGUUAGACCUCCAGAAACAACUGGGAAGUUUUCCAUCCAAUUAUCUUUCUAACAACAAUCAGACUUCAGGGACACCUGUGCCAUCUUCUUUAUCAAAUGCUAUUGGUCCUUCUGCUAUGGCUUCAACAGGUAGCCUAGUAAUCACCUCUCCUUCCAACCUCAACGACCUUAAAGAAUCAAGUGGCAGCAGGAAGGCCAGGGUUCUCUAUGAUUAUGACGCUGCAAACAGUACUGAGCUGUCACUUCUGGCAGAUGAGGUAAUCACUGUGUUCAGUGUCGUUGGAAUGGAUUCAGACUGGCUAAUGGGGGAGAGAGGAAAUCAGAAAGGCAAGGUGCCAAUUACCUACUUAGAACUUCUCAAUUAAAUAGGGAAACCAUGAACAAUUACCUAUCAUGACACCAUAUUUAUAUACAGUAACUCUAAAGCAGGCUUAAGUAUCUUUCAUAUUCAUGUGAUAAGGAACUGAGAAAGAAAAAUUACAAGCCAUCAGAAACUAGCCAUUCUGCCAAUAAAAUUGCAUGGUUAAUACUUCAUUACAGAAUUUAUGUUAGAGAUUUCAUGACAAGAAUGUUUUCUUACACAAUUCUCUUUCUACUGAGGUUUCACUAACAAGCAACUUCUACUUUUGACCCAAUUUAAAAACAAAAGGAUUGUUUUCUACUGAAUUUUUCAUUAACAACAAGCUUUUUCUUUUAUGCAAAAUAAAUUUAUUGUGCAUGA